GAACUUUGUGAAAUCUUGAAAUCUACGCUGAAAAAUGUUCACACUGAAGAUCACCAACACAGAUAGGCACACGUGGGACAGUGUAUUAUUAUUGCUAAAAUAAAGACCCGACGGAAGUGACCGAAUCCGCGCUUAUUUUGCUUAUUUCUCAGCAAUCACACAAUUUCUUCCAGAAUCCUUUGGCACAUAUUUUUUAUUCAUACAAACAGACACUUAGGUGGUCAUUAUAUUAGAUUCUGUAAAAAGUCAUUUUUAGAUCGUUACCAAAACUGGAAUUUAUCUUUAAUUGAUACAAAAAUUAACUAAAUGUAAAAAUUAAUGGAUACAGCGGCCUUAAAUGAGCAUUGAAAUUAAAAUUAUUGCAGCCAAGUUUGAUAUAGUUCAAAUUUGACAUAUGAUGAUGGAUACUGUUAAUAAAUUUAACAUACAUGUAAUUGAUAUCAUCAUCGAUAUUAUUUUUCAUUUUAUCAAAAGCAUUAAUUGUACAUAAUUGGUGAAUAACAAUCUGUUUCUGGUUUUCUCUUUUCAGCUGGUAUUUUGGAAAGUGUGCCCGCAAAGAUGCAGAGAAGAAGUUGAUGGUGAUUGGUUUAUGUAAAGGACAGUUCAUAGUGCGAGACGGAGAAGCAAAUCCUGGUACAUACUCGUUGUCUGUGAGAGAUCAUGAUGUCCAGAAGGGAGAGCAUGUUAAACAUUACAGGAUACGCAAGAUGGACGGAGGACAGGGGUUCUUCAUCACCCAAAGAAGUGUCUUUCCAACGCUUGCAGAGUUGGUUCGUCACUACCAGAUGAACGUCGAUGGCCUGUGCUGUAUCUUAACCAAAGCUUGCCCCAAGGAGAAUCCAAACACUAUCGGUCUUGGUAAGGACCGAUGGGAGAUCCCUAGGGAUUCCCUCAAGAUGACCAGAAGACUCGGACACGGUCAGUUUGGUGAAGUCUGGCAAGGAGUAUGGAAUGCCAAUACACCUGUUGCUGUCAAGACUCUGAAGGAGGGAACCAUGUCACCAACAGCCUUCCUGGCUGAAGCCAAUGUCAUGAAGAAAGUCAGACAUGAACGCCUCGUGCAGCUGUAUGCCGUCUGUUCAGACAGGGAGCCAAUUUAUAUUGUGACAGAGUUGAUGUCAAAUGGAAGUUUACUGGACUAUCUCAAGGAUGGUAAAGGCAAAGAUACCAAGCUGACAACUCAUGUUGAUAUGGGGGCACAGAUUGCGAGCGGUAUGGCUUACCUGGAAUCAAUGAACUUUGUUCAUCGAGAUCUCGCUGCAAGGAACGUCUUGGUGGGUGAUGGCAAUAUCGUCAAGGUUGCUGACUUUGGCCUUGCUCGACUGAUUGAAGAAGAUGAGUACAUGGCAAGAGUUGGCGCCAAGUUCCCAAUCAAAUGGACGGCUCCAGAGGCUGCUCUUCAUGGACGAUUCACAAUAAAAUCAGAUGUAUGGUCAUUUGGUGUCCUUCUAACGGAGAUCGUCACCUUUGGUCGCAUACCAUAUCCAGGGAUGACGAAUCGUGAGGUUCUUGACCAAGUAGAUCUUGGAUAUCGGAUGCCCAAGAUGCACCAUUGCCCUGACUCACUCUACGACAUCAUGUUGAAAUGCUGGCACAAAGAUCCCCAGCAGAGACCAACCUUCGAGUUCCUACACUUCUGCUUGGAUGACUACUUCGUCUCGACCGAACCCAACUACAAGGAAGCGGAUUAGCUGGCUAUGAUAAAAUGGACAGUAUACUUGGAGAUCUAUCAUACAGCUCUAUCGUUGAUAAUAAAAUAUAUUUUGUUGAGGUGCAUGAAUGUGCGUCGUUUCAUGGGAAGAGCUACCAGUAUGGAUGUUCGUAUUUACUAAAACGGGACAUCGCCAGAACUUUGGGACCUGACUCUGUUUCUCAGGUUUCAAAUGAAAUCCUCUUCCUUCAAAGACAUCUGGAGGAAUAUCGUCCAGGAACAAGGGAGCGUCACUCCUCCUUUCAGGUUCUGAUUAAAAUUGUUUUCCUUUAAAGACAUCUGGAUGAAACUUCCAGAAACUAAAGGCGACCGCACACCUUACGAUUGGUCUGCGACCCGGUUUCAGAAUAAAAUGUUGUAGAAUUUGAUGCUAAUAUUGAGACUUGGAAUAUCUUACUGUGUAAUGUUCGAAAUCAUCGUACCAAUACCUAUGUACAAAUCUGUGACUAUGCUUUCAUCCUUCUUAGAAUAAAAGCAAAUUUAAUAUCUAGUCGUAAUGACGUGAUAGCAGUUGUACAAUUGAAACUAAUUUGGCCUUUACUCCAAAAUAAAGGUUUGCAAUCUUUCAAAAUGGUUAUAUUAGUAUUCUUUCAAUUAAUUUUAACCUCAGAUAAAAUGAUAUGUUCCAUUCACAUUUUCAGAAAAUGGGCAAAGUGCGAUUUGUUCAAAAUUUGGAUCGCGAACAGUCGUAAGGCGUGCGGUGGCCUUAAGAUGGAACUGCGACUUUGACUCUGGUGUAUCGUGUCCCCGUUUGAUAAAAAUCACGUUUUCUAUAAAAUAAUUGAGAUUUUUACCUUCAGGGCACUGCAACGACACUCACUCUUUGGUAGAAGUGCUUCACUUGUCAAUUGAGUGAUCUUUCUUUUUUAAUGGAAGAUUCCAUCAUAAAUGACAAGAUCGAUCAUUAUCAAACAGGGGGUAAUAUCAUGAAGAUUUUUGUCAGCGAUUGUCAUUGAUUUUCUCCGACUACUGGGCCAAUCAGAUGCAAGGAUUUUCAGUAGCUUGUAACAUCUGUCUCGGAAAAUCACUGACAAAACUUUUCGUGAAACACUCCACAAGACAUGAUGUCCCAAGAGAAUUUCUUUAAAAAAAAAGCUAUUUCUGAAAAAAAGUCCAAAUCCCAAUUAUUUCUGACAUCCAGUCUUACAAAUAAUGUGCUACAAAGAUUUUUUUUUCUUAACAUGUGUUAAUUGGAAUGCAUCAUGCCUGUAAUAACUUGUACUGAUUAUUAUCCUUCUGUGACAGUUUACUGUUUGAUAUUCUGUCAUUUAAUAUUCCAAGGGGGAAGAGGGAUCAUUCCAGUAAUGAUUUUGUAAAUUAUGGUCACUUGAUUUUAAACCAAUGUGUAUGUAUAUAAAAAGUAAUGUAAAAAGUGCAAAAUAUAUUAGUCCUAAUUACAAAGCUAUUGUGAUUAGUUUAAAUAUGCCAUCUCUGUUGUCUUUGCCAAACAGGUUCUUAAUGAGAAUUUUAGUUUUUUUUUAAUUUGUAAUCUAUCAUUGAAGCUCAUGGUGCAGGAUUUCAUACGUUUGGUUUGAGUAUUUGGAAGGAAAACUUUUAUAUUUCAUUCUCAUCUCUCAUUAAUGGAAAAAAUAAAAACAUGUGAUUGAUAGUAUUGAAUUGAAGUCAGUAGCAACCAUUUGCAAAGCAAUGACUAUCAAUGGUGUGUAGAGCUACAAUCUUGUCUUAUCUAUACUUUGCAAACAAAGCAAGGAGGUACAUGUAAGUGGAUUGUAAAUUAAAAUUAGUUAAUUCCUGUAUACAUCAUGCAUGUACAAACCGGUGAUAUUAUAAUUCAUCUGUGUAAACACACCCUCAUCAUGUAUAUGGGUCAUUCAGAUCAGAAGGCUGGCUCUAAGAUACUAUUUUAUUUAUCAUUUGAUAGGAGAAAAUAUUUUUAUACUCAUCUCAUGUUUUUAGAGACAUUUCAAUACAUUCCUUCUCUAUUUCCUUAUCUCGCUUUGGGUGUUUAGAAACCAAAGGACUUGUUUCAAAAUCAUUGAAUUUUAGAAAAGUAAUUUAAUCAUUUUCUACCAAGCAAAAACUACAUGUACAGUAUAUACAGUACACUUCAUAUGUUUCCUAUCAGUAACAUUACUAGGAGACACAUACUACUUGAAUUGAGAUUUUCUUGGAAGAAAAAUAUUAGACAACACUUGUCGCAAAAUCAUGGAUUUUUAGUUAUGAUCUCCUAUUCUCGACAUUUGAUUUGAUCAACAUAUUGAGAGUACUGUUUCACUUCACUAUGUAUAGAUUCAUGGCAUAAAACAGUAACUGUAUUUUCUACAUUUUAGUAUGUUUUUAAUUCAAUCAUGUGGGAAAUAUAUAUAUUGGGUUUCUUGAGUGUACAUUUCACAUUCCAAUGACUUUGUACACAUAGGUGAAUGUAUUAUUGCUUUUUCAAAUAUGUAAAUUGGUAAUUAUGUUCCUGCUUCGAAGGUUCGCAUGGUAGUAAGAACGGGUGAAGGGGUUUGUAUGUAUGGUAGGCCUACAUGUAGAAAUGGUAGUCCUGAAAAGGACUACUUUUGUUCCCUUAUGGUAAAAGUUCUGAAAAGAAUGGUCUUUCGUGACGAAGCACAGAGCAUGAUGUUCCAAAUGUGGAGACCGAUUUAAGUUCUUUUCAGAACUUUUACUGAAAGAGAAUGAAAUAGUCCUUUUCCAGACUACCUUACAUCCAUGGUUUACCCGCAAAUCCUUUAACCCAAAUUGGUAAUUUGAUGAAACAUAAAAUGUGGUACUGUAUGUUUAUGUUGAGAACUUGAUAUGGUUAUAUUCUACAGUUCUUUCAUAACGCUUGAAUGUAAAGAACAAAACCUAAGGAUGUACAAACAUGAACCAGUACCUCAAUUUUUCAAUGACAUUUGGUAUAAUUUACAGAUUUUUUUUAUUUUUGAGAUUUGGGACUCGUAUACAUUGCCUGAUUGAAAAGGUCACUAUUAAGCAAGAUAAUGGAAGGGAUCUAUUUUUUCUUGAAAAUGCCUAUUGAAAAGAGAGAUGGGUUAUCAUGGACCCUGUUGUGUGCUCUUGAGUUUUCCAACAAUCAAUGUCGAGAGAUAUUCCACAGACAUUGUGAUGGACGGAUCAAGCCAAGGACGAAGGUUCAAAUCCUGUGUCAUGUCUUUCAGAUGCUGAUAGCCGGUUCUUGUACAUGAAUCAACCAAUCAUUCUCAUUUUCAUAGAUUAUUUUUUUUACUCACUCUAAGAUUUAGAUAUUUUCAUGCCUUAUGAAAGUAACUUAUUUUCUUCACAUGAUACAUUAUAUCUCAACUAUUAUUGGUUUCUUAUUUUUAUAGAUUUUGAUUAUCCUUCACUCUUAUAUUUUAGUUAAAAACAUUGUAUUCUUUUGUUCUUCAUGAAAAAAAAAAUCAUGUUACUAUUAUGUGCCAUGUCAUACGUGUAAAUGUAGCAUUGUGUAUUAGAAUUAUUGGUGUUUUGGACCAAUCUAGAUCUAUUCCAUACAUCUACCUACACUUAGUGUAGCCUACAUGUACAUGUAGUGUAAAUAUUCUAUCUUUGCUACUUUUUUGUCUAUUUUCAUUGAUUUUUUUUUAAGUACCUAGAGCUUUCUAUGAAGACUCUGUACAGUGCAUUUCAUUUUCAUGUGGAAUAUCGAGACAUUAAUGGUGCGUUUUUCGAUAAUCAAUGAUGGUGUAAAUUUACCUAUGCAUGUACAAUGUUUUAUACAUGGUAACCACCUCAUUACAGGUAACUUUGCUUUGUUGGUAUUAAGGUCAAAGGUCAAGUGAUGUCAUACUGAUUGUGCAUGUAAUUUUUUUUUUUUUAUUUGAUGAUGUCAUAAUGGAAAUAUGACUUUGUAGUGUCAUUGUAAGUCUGUGACUCAAGCUUACUCUGACUGGGACACAGCUUGGUUUGACAUUUUUAAAACAUUUUUAUUUUCCUACAAACCUAUACAUAUGUUCUCUAAUUUAUCUUUUGUAGAAUCACAGCCUUAUUUUCAAGAAAUAUGAUCGGUUUGCAAUUGCAUUCAUUUUGAAGAUCAACUUCAUCUCUUUCAAAGAUAUUCAAGAAAUUUGUAUGUAAUAUGUUGUAUGUGGACUUUGAAAACCUACAAGGAGAUGCACAUUUCAGCCUGUGGGUACAUGUGAGGACUAAGAUGUACUCCUUUCUCUUCGAAUGACCUGUAAAUACCACACACUUUUGUAUUAAAUGUCACUGAGUAAAUUAAUCAGGAUUUUGAAAUUUUGUAAAUAAUGCAGUCUUUUGAGAGUAAUAAGGUGGAAUAUACUAAAAAUGAUUUUGAUAUGUAUAGAUUAAAAACUCCAUGUUAUUGCAAAUCCAUUUUUUAUAGAAUCCCAUUUUAUAUACACCAGAGGGAAAGAUAUAUAGCCUCAAUUAGAAUUCAAUCAAAUUGUUAAAAUGUUACCAAAACAUACAUCCAGUGUUUAACCCUUAGACUUGUAUUGUAAAAGCUUUAUAUUGUUAUUCAAUGAUUUAGUAGAUGUUAUAUAGACAUUGAUAGUGAGUGCAAGGUCUUUGCUUCCUGGAAAAAUGAAAGGAAAACAGAAUCUUCUCUUGCCAAUUUGUAGGAUGCACACUAGUAUACGUACAUGCACUUUGCUAUAACACUUUAUGUACAACAAAUCAAAUGGCAAUGACUAGUUUGAAAUGAUUUUAUUAUGAAAUCCAGCGAGGCAUUGGAAUCAAAUCUUACUUGAAAUUACGUCAGGGGUAUGUGGAUAGCUAGGAUGUUAUUAUCAAAAUUGUCUAAAUUUGAAAUGUUAUUGAAUCAGGGAGUAUCUCAGAAAUUAAUUUGUUACUCAUAAAUGCUUCCCUAUUUAGUUUGUGUAUGUGUGCUUGGUCUCUGUUCUUUCACCCCCUCCCUCAUCUAUUACAAAUCUUUAAAAAAUACUAAUGCCCACACGACCCUGAACGUCAGUCUCUCUGGCCGUUUGCUUCCUAAGUCCAGUUUAUGAUCAUGGAAACUCAUUUAUUCAGAACUGGGAAGAAUGGAUUCCUCUGUAUGGGGGCUGUUUAUCUUCUUGUCCAUGACAAAUUGUAUUUUACGCUGAACCGAGCUGUUCAAAGGGUUGCUGCUCCUAAAGAAUUUAGCCAGUGUAAACCAACAUAUGUAAGGCAAGCCAUAGCAAGAUGUCAUUUGUGCUAACUGGAAGAAAUUCUUGAUAAAAGAAUACGAUUAAAUGAUGAAUAGGUUUGCUAUAGGUACGCUGGCUAAAAGUUGUCCAGCUGUUGGAAUCCUUGAUACAUAUAUGGGUUCUUUUACAAUUUAUCAGGGCUAUUUCUUUUAUUUUAGGCUCAAGUAGCCAUUUGACUGUGUGUAUUUUGGGGGUGAUUCGGUAUACAAGAAUUUGUAGAACAUAAAAUGUUUGAGUAAAUUAUUGCAUCGUAAGAUGACGGUGAGGUAUAUUACUCGCCUAUAUACAUAUAUGAUAUAGACCAAAUGAAUAUAUUUCAAGCCUUUUUCUUAAGCUGGUGUUUGCUUUUUGAAUAACAGCAACAAUUUUCUAUUUCUUUCUGGACCAACCGUUCCAACACUUAUAUCUGAGUGCAUAAUGCUCAAUUCAUUCUAACAAUUAUACAUUAAUUAUUUAUUGAGUUUGACUGGUAAAAUGUCAAUAAUUCUAAACAAAACCAAACUCAUUACAUGGAAGCUUUUACAGGGUUAGAACAUUUGUUUUUAAUUAAGUUUUAACACUUGAAAAUUUUUAUUGUAAGUGUAUCUCUAUAUCUACACUGUAUUGGUAUUAAAGCUCAGUCAAUAUUUUCUAUUCUUGACAAUUUCGUAAAUAAUGAACAUUUUUUGCUUGUCUUACCCUCAUUCUUAUUUGUUCACAAACUGCUCAAGCCCUGAUUGUGUAAAUAGCAUUACAACCUUUCAUGUGAACUAGAAUACAGAUACGAAUCAUUCUUAGAAGGUCCCACAUUAAGAGGGACGGACAUGCAUACUUUAUCAAAUUGCUCUUCUGCAUUACCGCUACAUGAUAAUGAUAUGUACUACAGAAGCGUUUAGAACCAAAUAGGUCUACCAAAUACUAAUCAUCAAUAAUAAUGAAAGAAAAGUUCCCACUUUUUGAAUGCACAUUUUUAGAAAAUGAUAUUUUCUGUAUCACUGUAUAGGUACUAUAUCGGAAAGAAUAUGAUUCUUUUCCCACAUCAACUAUGCUUGUAAAUAAAUAUAACUUUACAUCAGAUAUUUUUAUGCAUGUACAUUGUAUAGAAUUUAAAUGAUUUGAGAUCGGCAGGAGAUAGCAAAGUAAAAUCAAAGUUUAUUUUUUAUGAAAUAGAAUGCAGAAAAAAAAUGUUUAUCAAUUUCAAGAAAUUUCAAAAGAUGAGGGUAUUAUCCGAUGUAGCAUGUUUGAAUAUUUUUUUUAUUCAUUAAUUUUAUCAUCCCUCUAAGCUUUACACUAUCAAGUUUAUGUUAAUGCUGAGGUUAUUAUUCUUUCAAUUCAUAAAGUGUAACAGAAAUUAAGACUUCACUCCAGUGUGUGGCUGUUUGAUUAAGGCCUUUGGCGUAUUGUUGAUAAAUAUGAGGGUUUUUUGUAGAAAUGUGAUAUGAUGUUGAUAUGAUUAUGAUCAUCUCUCUGGUAGGAGAGAUUUUUCUUUCUUUCACAAUCAAACAAUAUUCAACUGUUUUUGGUAGGCUUUCCUUCGAUGCAGAAAACUUCAUUAGGGCCAGUUUCACAAAGCUUGGCUCUUGAUCAUAGAGUUGAUUUUAUGAUUGAUUACAUUCAUAAUAUGCAAUCAAGCAUACAAAUCAAAUAUGUGAUCAAUCGCUUAUCUUUGUGUAACAGGUCCCUGACCUUUGCUACAGCUGGCUUAGUUUUGUUAACGCAUAGGAGACUGAGUCCUCAUCUAUGUGGGCUGGAGUGUAUGGAAAACAUGUGUUAUAUAUAUUUGUAGCGAGAUCAUUCAGUCUUCAACGAGUCUGUUUGUGGUUGGACUCCCAUAUCCAUAGUGAUUUUGUACAUGUAUGUUAACAGUCCAUGAGUAUAAAAUUUAGACCAUAUGCAGCAUCGCAGGAAAAUGCAUUUUGAAAUAAGUUUUCUUUUCUGAUUACGUCACUUCAAUCAGAAAUGAUCCCUUUCAGUGAUACAUUGUAUCUCCGGUACUUUUAAAACAAUAGUACAUUUUCUAGUACUUGGUCAAGCUUUGUAGGAUAUAUACCAUUGCUUGACCCAGCAUCAUGUUUUUAUCAAUAUAAAUGUAUAUGGCCUUAUACUAGUACUUUUUUCAGUUUAUUUCAUAUUGCAUCGGAAUGCUGCAUAAAUGUGUUUUGAAAACAAUGAUCUUAAAUGUUUGAAUAAAGAAGUGGUCAGCUAUAUCAAAAAUCAAACCAAAACAAAAUGACAUUUACAUUAUUUGUAAUAAACCAAUAUUUUUCUCUAACUAGGCUGUGUAUGAUGAAUGAGGAAUGAGAUACAUGUCUUUUUAAAAUUUACAAUAUAGCACUUUUACAUUGUAGAUGUACAUGUAGCGCCAGAUUUUUAAAGAAAAGUUCUAUAAAUAUAACCCAGUACACUAUUGUCAUAUUGUUAUCAGUAGAUAAUUGUCAACUAUACACCCAUCACUAUUUUACUAGUACUUUUUAUAGAAUUCUUACAAUAUGUAAUGCUUUGUAUAUUAAUUAAAAAAGGAACACUUUGUUUCUCUCUGCAAUAAAUAUAAAAGAAGUAAAAGA